AUGAGGAAUCGCACAAUUCAAACAAUCAAGGUACUUUUUUUGGAGCUUCUUGACUUUUUUGCUCAACAUAAUACAGAGAUUGAUCGUAUUUUCAAAAAUGCUCGUGGAAACCUUAAACUAGUAGCACCUAAAAUUCAAAAAGAUAUUGUUAGAGCUGCUGCAAGUGAAAUUACUAAAGUUAUUAUUGAUGAUUUUGGAGAUGAUUUAUUUGCUGUUUUAGUUGAUGAAGCUCGAGACAUUUCUGUUAAAGAGCAAAUGGCUGUUUGUUUGCGGUAUGUUAAUAAAGAAAGGAUUGUAAUGGAGCGAUUUCUUGGCCUUGUCCAUAUUUCUAGCACAAAUGCGUUGUCGAUAAAAGUAGCUUUGGAAUCUUUAUUAGCAAAGCAUAGUUUAAGCUUAGCAAGAAUACGUGGGCAAGGUUACGAUGGAGCUAGUAAUAUGCAGGGAGAAUUUAAUAGCUUAAAAAGUUUGAUCUUGAAAGAAAAUGCUUGUGCUUUUUAUGUUCAUUGUUUUGCUCACCAACUUCAAUUAGCACUUGUGGUUGUUGCAAAGAAACAGGUUGAAAUUGCACUACUUUUUAAUUUGCUUGCUUGUUUGUGCAAUAUUGUUGGAACUUCUUGUAAACGUAAAGACAUGCUUCGUGAAAGUCAAAUGCAAAAGACAAUUGUUGCAUUACAAAACGGAGAUGUUUCUAGUGGGCGUGUCUUAAAUCAAGAAACAACAUUGAAAAGGGCAGAAGUUCUUGAAGUGAUUGAGGAAGAUGGAAAUAAUCCUGAACAAAGAGCUGAAGCAUGUCAAUUAUUGAAUCAUAUUCAAUCUUUUGAAUUUGUAUUCAAUUUACAUUUGAUGAAAAGUAUAUUUGGAGUUACUAAUGAGUUGUCUCAAGCUCUACAAAGAAGUGAUCAAGACAUUAUAAAUGCUAUGACAUUGGUUAAAGUGUCCAAGCAACGAUUGCAAAGUAUAAGAGACGAUGGUUGGUCCUCUUUGCUCAAUGAAGUUUCACUAUUUUGUGAUAGUUACAAUAUUCUUGUUCCAAAUAUGAAUGACAUAUUUGUAACACAAGGAAGAUCAAGGCGCAAAAUCCAAAAGGUCUCAAACUUGCAUCAUUUUCAAGUUGAAUUAUUUUAUCAAGUGGUUGAUAGACAACGUCAAGAGCUCAACAAUCGUUUUACAGGGGUAAAUACCGAACUACUUCUUUGUAUAGCUUGUUUGAAUCCAAGUGACUCGUUUUUUGCAUUUGAUAAGGAGAAGUUGCUUCGUUUAGCUGAAUUUUAUCCACAUGAAUUCUCUUCUACUCAACUUUUGGCACUUGAUAGUCAACUUGAGAAUUUUAUAUUGGAUAUGCGUCUUGAUGAUCAAUUCUCAAAUAUAAAUGGAAUCAGUGGACUAUCUCAAAAGUUAGUUGAAACAAAAAAGCAUGUUGUUUAUCCAUUGGUGUUUCUUCUAUUGAAAUUAGCUUUGAUUCUACAUGUGGCAACGACAUCAGUUGAGAGAACAUUUUCUGCUAUGAAUAUCAUAAAGAGUCGACUUCGUAAUCGAAUGGGAAAUGAGUGA